UCCGGCCUCGACACGCGCGACUUACCUCCGAUCCAUGAUGGCCAGGGUGAAGGGAAGCGUCGGCACCGAAGAGUCCCCAGGGAAGAAGUCGCGCCAGGGGUCAGGAGCGCCCAGAGUGGGAGGAGGUCCUCUCCCCUCGCCGGUCGGUGGCCUACUAGCGGGCCUGCUGGGCCUGCUGCUCCUUGCCGGCGGGGCCCGGACCGCCAGCAUCCGCCGGCCCCCGCGCGCUGUCAUCGACUACUGUGACAGCCUGAUUUACUGUCGUGGCGAGUUGCUGAAGACCGUGCAGCUCGCGGACAUUUUCCCAGACAGCAAAACCUUCGUCGACCUAACCCAACUGAACGACCCGAAUGUGACAUACGACAACUUCGAAAAAUUGAUGAAACAGACAAACGGGAAUCCGAAUCGCACGCAGAUCGAGGACUUUGUUUGGGCGAAUUUCAAAAAGGACGACGAGCUUUUGGAUUGGAAGCCUCCUGAUUGGCAGGAGAAUCCGGCGAUCCUGGCUCGAAUUCAGGACCCGAAAUUUCGCCAGUUAGCGAAGGACCUCAACUCCAUUUGGAACACUUUGGCGAGGAAGAUGUCCCCGGAUGUCGCCGCGAAUCCUGGUCGACAUAGUCUCAUCUACGUGGACAAAGGAUUUAUCAUUCCUGGUGGGCGCUUCAAAGAAUUCUAUUACUGGGACAGCUAUUGGAUCGUGGAGGGCCUCCUAUUGACAGGGAUGCACCAGACUGUCAAAGGGAUUCUGGAGAACCUUCUGUCAAUGGUCAGCAAGUUUGGAUUUAUCCCAAAUGGCGGAAGAGUUUAUUAUUUGAUGAGGAGCCAGCCUCCCUUGGUGAUUCCCAUGGUCGAGAGAUACGCGCAGGCCACCAACGACUGGGCUUUUGUGGAGAACAAUAUCGGGCUGCUGGAAAAAGAAUUCAUAUUCUGGCAACGAGAGAGAACCGUCGAUGUCACGAAGAAUGGUAAAACAUACAAAAUGGCGCGAUACGUGGUCAGCAGCGAAGGACCCCGGCCUGAGAGUUAUCGGGAGGACUACAAAGUGGCGCAGAACGCAAAGGACGAGAAAUCCAAAAAUGAGCUUUACAAUCAGCUCAAGGCAGCUGCCGAAAGUGGAUGGGACUUUUCGGCGAGGUGGUUCGCCCCAGAAAAUGGCAAUUUGGGAAAUCUCUCCGAUGCUUCUGUCAGCGAAAUCAUUCCUGUUGACUUGAACGCAUUUCUGCAGAGGAACGCCAGGAUCCUGGGAGAAUUGUACCAGAAACUGGGCAAUUUGCAGAAAGCGCAACAUUUCUUCGCCACGGCUGUGAGGUAUCAACUGGGCAUCGAUAAGGUUCUCUGGGACGAGAAGGAAGGAGUCUGGCUGGAUUACAAUUUCCGAAGAAAUCGCCCCACUAAUAGAUUCUAUCCCUCCAACCUGACACCUCUUUACACCCACAGCUAUGAUCCUGCCAAGUCGGCGGACAUUGCCAGGAAAGUGUUGAAAUACCUCGAGAAAAUCAAGAUCACAUCGUUCAUGGGCGGCACUCCAGCAUCCCUGGACCACACGACCCAACAAUGGGACCUACCCAAUGCUUGGCCUCCUCUGCAGUCCAUUGUCGUGAAUGGUCUCAGGAACACCGGAUUCCCUCCUGCACUUCGCCUUGCUCAAGAUUUGGCUGUAAGGUGGCUGAGAGCGAAUUUAAUCGGGUAUUCAGAGUACAGCGAGAUGUUCGAGAAGUAUGAUGCUGUUUUUCCUGGCCAAUACGGAGGGGGAGGAGAAUACACCGUCCAGGCUGGAUUCGGAUGGACCAAUGGAAUAGUCUUCGAGUUCCUCGACAUAUAUCCUAACGUCACUGCGGAUGACUCCAGAAUGAUGGCCUCGAAUUCGUUGUCAAGAAAGUAACAGAUGCCACAGGACCUUGCCGACCCACGAAAUCUAGUCUGAAGAUGGGCCCGUCGAAUCUACGCACGCUUCUCCAACCAUUUACGACGAUGGACCCGGUUUCAGAAGAUCGGGUUGAUCGUCGACCUCCUCAACUUUGGCAGGCGGCCACCAACCUCUUCCAUCGACUAAUCCUGAAGAUGGCGGAUAGCCGAAGAGCUUCUUACACAGAACUUUCCCUACAAACAGCGGUCCCGAAGAUACCAUCGGAAGAUGUCGUUUGCUCUUCCACUUGAGAAACACCUCCCAGGUCGCUUCGGAGACCGAAAAACCAACAUUAAGGUGGCAGGACAUCAGGUGGUAUGUCGCUUCUCGCCGUUCUUAUACCCCAGCUUGAAGAGGUCCUUGAAGACGACGUUGAAGACGACCUCGACGGAUCCCUGGACCUUCAUACGAGCCACUGGAAGAGUAAACGUCGAAUUUAAAGCAUCCUCUCGAGGAAGUCCUCACCUGGAACCUACACUCUCUUCCGUUUCCGGAAGCCAGGAUGUCCAUAUCGAUCAGUUCCGGCCUCCUUCCUGUCAGCCAAGCCGCGAAUUGCUGCAGACUCGAGGACGACUCGGGGACGUAAACGGCGACCCUGAAGAGCAUGACCAAAAGCGUUAACGAGAUAAUUUGGAGGAGGAAAUGAUAGCGCGUUAAGGUAACGAUGGGGUUUACGUUUUUCGAUGGCGUCCGGCUGUCAAAGGCACGUGGCAAACCCCGUAACCUCUGACGACGUCGUGUCCGAAGAGGUCUAGCCCAUAAGUGGACAGUAUUAACUGCGGCCCUGCACAAAAAGUCAGUUAAUGUUACGAGAUGCGUAAACGGUUUAACAGUAUUAUAAAUAAAUACGAGCGAUGAGACAUUUAA